UAACAGGUAUUACAAACUGUACUGCAUUACACUGUUCAUCUGCGCAUCAAGUAUUUGACUGGCAUCGGAGAAAAUGGGCUGGGUUUUGCCAGAAUUUCAUUUAAUAGCCUGAGAAGAAUCAGUAGGGAUUUAAAAGUGUCCUUUUUGGACAUUUUAAAAGGAUUUCAUGAUCUUUGACAAGACAGAAAUGGCAGUUUUUACAACUGGCCACUAAUAAGAAAAGGAUACAAUGCUUCGAAAAAGACAUGCAGCCUUCUGAUAAACAGGACUGUAUUUUUUAAAACAUUUUUUUUUUCCACAAAAAAAGUUCCUUUACGGAGUGCAACAGGCAGAACUGAGAAAACCUCGUGCAAUAUUCAUCAAGCUGAUUUGCCAUUGGAAGAAUGGAGUAAAGCUGGGAUCUUCUAUGAAAGCUGGGAUUGAUUAUUCCACAUCUUGAGAUAUGGAUCAGUCUGAAGACAUGCCUAAGGAGAUGAGCGCUGAGGCGAAGGCAGAGAGUGAGUCUGCAGGGGAGAUAAAACGGGCUCGGACCAUGGCUCUGUACAACCCCAUCCCAGCCAAACACAACUGUCUCACCGUCAACAGGUCUCUCUUUAUCUUCGCUGAGAAUAAUAUCAUAAGAAAAUAUGCAAAGAGGAUUAUAGAGUGGCCUCCAUUUGAGUAUAUGAUCCUGGCCACCAUCAUAGCCAACUGUAUUGUUUUAUCCCUGGAGCAACAUCUUCCUGGUGAAGACAAGACACCUAUGUCCAAAAGGCUGGAGAAGACAGAGCCUUAUUUCAUUGGGAUCUUCUGUUUUGAGGCUGGUAUCAAGCUGGUGGCACUUGGUUUUGUUUUUCAUAAGGGUUCCUAUCUCAGAAAUGGCUGGAAUGUAAUGGACUUCAUUGUUGUGUUAAGUGGGAUUCUGGCCACUGCUGGUUCUCAUAUGAAUAUUCCGGUGGAUCUGAGAACCCUGAGGGCUGUGCGUGUGUUAAGACCCCUCAAACUAGUCUCUGGUAUCCCCAGUUUACAGAUAGUUCUGAAGUCCAUUAUGAAAGCGAUGGUGCCCCUGCUGCAGAUUGGUCUUCUGCUGUUCUUUGCCAUCCUGAUGUUCGCUAUCAUCGGUCUGGAGUUUUACAGUGGCAAAUUACACCACACUUGCCUGCCCUCUCCAGAUAUACUAGAUAAUGAGACGGUGGACUCUUCUGAGGUUGAGUUUGCUUGUGGAGUGAGGAAGUGCCCUGAUAAAUACACCUGCACUGGCUCUUGGAUUGGGCCCAAUGAUGGCAUCACUCAGUUUGAUAACAUCUUGUUUGCAGUACUAACAGUUUUUCAGUGUAUUACCAUGGAGGGAUGGACUGCCGUCCUGUACAAUGUGAGUUCAUACAAAUUUAUUGUUGACUGAUUGGAUUUAUAUUUACAUUGAUAGAAUACCCAUCAUUUAUCUUUAUGCAUCCUCAUUAACCUAUGCCAACUUAACAAAUGAAGCUGCAGUGCCUGCAGUGAUUUGACGGCAUCAUAUAUAUUCAGUCUCUUUUUACAGACUGACUUAUUUAUACAGGAUUUUGCUCCUUUAAAGGAUUAGUUCACCCAAAAAUGAAAUUUCUGUCAUUAAUUAC